CAGCAUCAUCCUACCGUUCUCAACCAAUUCGGUUUGUCUUGAAGCCAUGACUGAGAUGCGAGACGAGGGAAUUGCAGCCUUUAUCGGGCCAGACGACAGUUGCACAACGGAAGCCCUAAUAGCAGCCGCUUGGAAUUUACCAAUGAUAUCUUAUAAAUGUACUGAUACUGCAGUCUCUGACAAAAGCGUCUUUCAUACAUUUGCCAGGACUUUAGCACCAGCCUCGAAGGUGUCAAAAAGUGUUGUGGCUCUCCUUAUCUCCUUCAAUUGGCACAAAUUCGUCUUAGUUUCCAGCUCUAGAACUACAUGGGGUUUUGAAAUUGCCUUGGCAAUCAAAACUCUUGCAGAAGCUGAAAAUAUCACGGUGACAGAUUUUCGUGAAUACUCUGAGUAUAUCCCAACCAAAAUCACCGAAUUGCAAAAUAUCGUCACAGAAACAUACAAGAAGACAAGAAUUUACAUAUUUGUUGGUGAACACAUCGCCAUGGUGGACUUUGUGAGAUGUUUGCAAAAUCUAGAACUUCUGCAGACCGGCGAUUAUAUGGUGAUAUCAGUAGAUGAUGAAAUUUAUGAUCCAACCAGAAGAUCCAACAUAAUGGAACGGGAGUAUUUGGAUCCGUACCUCAAGAAAAUACGAAGUCGAGCUUUGGACAUAAAAUCAUUUCAGUCUGUACUCAAAUUGACCCCGUCCUAUCCAUCCAACACGAACUUCAGUCAAAUCAGCGAGAACAUCAGGACCUAUGCGACUCAACCACCAUUUCAUGUACCCUACCAUGCAAGAAUUUUUCGCAACAUCUCCGUUCCCAUCUACGCCUUUCAUCUCUAUGAUGCCGUUAUGAUUUAUGCUCGAGCAGCCACAGAAGUAAUUCGUGAAAAAGGAAACGUCUUUGAUGCCAGAACAAUUAUGAACAGGAUAGUCAAUCGAACAUAUCACUCAAUCCAAGGAUUUGAUGUCUAUUGCGAUGCCAAUGGGGAUGCAGAAGGAAAUUUUACGCUUAUUUCACUACAGGAUGAGCUGUCAAUGGGCCAUGGACUCUCAUCAGAUCCACAUGAACCCAUUCCCACCAGCAAUCCUCUUAAGAUGUCAAUGCAGCCCGUAGGAUACUUUGUCUACAGCAGCCCAGCCAAUAUUCCGGAAUUUCGGUACUUUCCUCAACGUACAAUAAAAUGGCUCAAUAAGGUUGUUCCUCGAGCUGAGCCCCCCUGUGGAUUUGAUGAUGAACUUUGUCAACCCCAGACAAGAGAUUGGCGGUAUCUACUGUCCGGAGUCUGUGUGGCUCUUUUUUUAGCCGUUGCUGGAGCUUUUCUGAUCAAACACUAUCGUUACGAGCAAACUUUGGCAUGUCUACUGUGGAAAGUAGAUCUCAAAGAAGUGACUUUUAUCACAACUGAACAUCUGGAUCCAUCCAUUCGGACCAAGAACUUGGUGCAAACUUGCCGACAUAGUUUAAUUACAGGAGGUGGGGAAACCUCUAAAAGAGCUUACACUACUAUAGGUCUCUACCGUGGAAAUAUCGUGGCUGUGAAGCGGAUACACAAACGGAGCGUCGAUAUAACACGCACAAUACGGAAGGAACUUAAGCAGAUGCGUGAGGUGAGGCAUGAAAAUGUAAUUUCGUUCAUUGGUGCCUCCGUGGAUCCCAACUGUAUCGCCAUCCUCACAUCGUACUGCCCGCGUGGGAGUCUCGACGAUGUACUCAGCAAUGAAGAUCUCUAUCUGGACAACAUGUUUAUUUCUUCGCUCGUCAGCGACAUCCUCAAGGGUAUGAUUUACAUUCAUGAGAGCGAAAUUGUGUCACAUGGGAAUCUGCGGGCUAGCAAUUGUCUGGUGGACUCCAGAUGGGUGUGCCAGAUUACGGACUUUGGCCUUCAUGAAUUCAAGUCUGGACAGGAGGAACCCAACAGAGAAACUGUCGAGAUGGCGAGAAAUCUUUGUCGAGCCCCAGAACUCCUCAGACACCCAAAUCCACCGAGUCGUGGUACCCAAAAAGGCGAUGUUUACAGCUUUGGAAUCCUAUUGUACGAAAUCAUUGGCAGAAAUGGACCAUGGGGAGAAACUCAAUUGACCAAGCAAGAAAUAAUUCACAAAGUUCGUUCACCCAGUCCAGGAACAUUUUAUCGACCACCUCUGCGUUUUCUGGAAAUUCCCGAUUAUGUGAAACAGUGCCUAAGAUCAUGCUGGGAUGAGGAUCCAGAACUGAGGCCUGAUUUGCGACUAGUCAGAGUUAAAUUGAAAGAAAUGCAGGCUGGAUUAAAACCCAAUAUUUUCGACAAUAUGCUGGCCAUUAUGGAAAAGUAUGCUUACAAUCUUGAAGGAUUAGUCCAAGAGAGGACGAACCAACUUACGGAGGAGAAGAAGAAAACAGAAGCUUUACUCCAUCGGAUGCUGCCCAAAACAGUGGCCGAUUCCCUGAAAAGAGGUGAUCCCGUUGAAGCUGAAUGCUUCGACUGUGUCACAAUCUACUUCAGUGAUCUCGUGGGAUUCACUGAGAUGUGUGCUCAGAGUACACCCCUUCAAGUUGUCGAAAUGCUAAAUGACCUAUACACCUGUUGUGACUCCAUCAUCUCCAACUAUGAUGUAUACAAAGUGGAAACUAUUGGGGAUGCUUACAUGGUGGUAUCUGGGCUUCCUAUCAGAAAUGGGGAUCGCCAUGCUGGAGAAAUAGCCUCCCUAGCUCUCCAUCUACUCAAUAAGAUCUCCAAACUUGAGAUUCGUCAUCGGCCUGGAGAACUAAUUCAAAUUCGUAUUGGAAUCCAUUCUGGGCAAUGCGUGGCAGGAGUUGUAGGACAGAAAAUGCCCAGAUAUUGCCUAUUUGGCGACACCGUGAACACAGCAUCGCGAAUGGAGAGUUCUGGGCUACCGCUGAAAAUUCACAUCUCUGACGCAACAUAUGAGCUUUUGCAGAAAAUUGGAGGGUACAAAUUUGAGGAAAGAGGUCUCAUUCAGAUUAAGGGCAAGGGAGAAAUGCGAACGUAUUGGCUGCAGAGUGAGGACAUCAACAAGAAAAUCGAACGCUUCGGUUCGAGUGACUUCGAUGAAUCAUUUUAUCAUCGCGUGGCUCCCGAUUUGAUCUGCACCGCUGAACCUGAAUCACUGAAAAAUGGCACUCCGCAUGAUUCCUACACAUCACUGAAUCAGCGUGCAAGAAUGUCAUACUCCAGCAUUCUUUCCUACAAUGGCGGAGACAAGCAAUUGAUGUCUGGAAACUUCUCAAAAGCCCUGAGUAAUGAUCUUGUGGUGAAUUCUUGCUACAUUUGCCAAAAGAGAAAGAAUCUGCAGCAGACAGAGUGUCAGCGGAAGCAGAAGCAGAUGUACGACAUCUACAGAAUCUCCUCGGGAAUUAUGGACAGUCCAACUGAAUUUAGUCACUGUCCAUGCUACUGUCCCAACCAGAGAAAUUUCAUGAUGAGAUAUGACAAUGUUAUACGAGAAAUUAGAGCUCCACAGUCUGCUCCUCACAUCACUUUUAUGCAGUAAAAAAAAAGAGUGCACGCCAUUCAAUGAAAUGCGUGACCAAGAAUUUCUUAAAAAGGUUUCAUCGAGAGUUCAUUCUGUGAGAAAUAUUGCCCUCAAAUAUUUUUGUCCUUGAUUAUUUUGUAGUAACUCUUUUGAGUCAAUUAGACAAAGAAAAUAAAUAUCCGAGAUGUUACCGUGAAAAGAAAAAAAUCCAAAGAAAAUAUCAAUUAAAUGUUUGUUGAAAGAUAAAUUUGUAAAUUUAUAUAUAUAAGUGUAUUCUCAAGAGUUAAUCAAAUUCAUCACAAUAAAUUCUAUCUUAUGA